GUAUACACACGGCAUUCUCCGUCAUAUCACGUGUAUAUGUGCACGAGCCAAUUCAAAUACCCUAUCCAAGACUCUAUCUGAAUCGGUCGAUAGUGCGCUUUGGCAUCAAGGAAAAGACCUGAGCUUUACCCUAUCCGGUUCAUGCAGGCUUCCAGCAGGUGUGAGAGACAAUGAUCUUCAUUGCUGUCCCUCAACAGCGGCACGCAGGCAAGGUCCACUGUCGAUGGAAGCCAUCGGUUACAUCCGCCCUCUAUGGAUAUCCUCCCUGGACCUUUUUGCUCCACCCCAGCCCGGCAGACCAUGAUGUGUCACAUUGUAGGUUUGAUCCUUGCCAGCUGAGCCCACCUCUGUCCUUUCCAGAACCUGCGAGCUGGCCUUUUAUACCCUCCAGCAGAAUUGCAAUUCGUACACGGAUAUGGCACGCGGUAGUCCACGUCUUUCCCAUGCCUGUGUCUCGUGCCUGCUGUACCCUAUAUAAGUUGCCCUCUCAGUAUUCCGCCACUGUCACUGUGGCCGACGUGGCCGCUCUUGUGUUUCCUUCUCUCAAUAGCCAAUUGUUCUUGUCUGAUGCUCCGCUGAAGGCCUGCUUGGCCGUGGGAGCGGAGGUCGUCGGCGGAGUCCGCGAGGAAGAGCGGUAGAAUGCGCGCGGCGGAGAAGUCCUAGCUGUUGCGCAGCGUGUAGUCGCUCCAUUUGAGCUCGUUCGAAGGUGCCGGCCCAGAUCGGAGGCGGAGGAGGGAGGAGGGGGAGUUUCGGAUGGAU